AUGGAUAAAAUACCAGAAAAGAUUGGUAUGAAGGACCGGACGUGGACUCAGUGGAAGAGGUUCCGUCAACAAUUGGAAAUCUUCUUAGUGGCAACGAAAAAAGAAGCGGAAGUCGACAGAGUCAAGAUAGCAAUUCUCUUGGCUAGCGGAGGUGAAAUUGUCUUGGACGAAUUCAAUACGUUGUUCGGGGACCAGAACGUCGUAAAGUUCGAAGGUGUGGUCAGAAAGUUGGGGAGCAACUUCCAAAGAGGCGAAUCUGAAAACUUCCUAGCGUAUCAGUUCAGAACGCGGGUGCAGAAGGAGACGGAGGAUUUCGCGAAGUGGCUGACGGAUCUCGGGCUGCUAAGUAAAACCUGCAGCUACGGAGAUCAGGAAGAGAGGAUGAUACGGGAUCAAAUAAUCGCCGGAAUACAAAGCAACGAAACGCGGAGAGAGUUGCUAAAAUCCGCUGAGCUCAAUCUAGACGAAGCUAUCGCGAUAUGCGCAUCCAUGGAAGCCUCUCGAAAGCAAAUGAACAUUUUCGAAGGAGUCUCGAAGACGGCGACAUCAGCGCGAGCGACGCAGGGAGACGAUGAAACGGAGGAGGCAUGCGCGGUGCGUUGGCCAAGACCAAACAAUAGCAGACAGCCUCCAAGAAAACAAACAAAUGGAGCGCGUAACGUUCGAAGUUGUCGUAGCUGUGGCCCAAGUCAUUACGCAGGGGCAAAUGGCUGUCCGGCAAUAGGUCGAAAAUGCAACUAUUGCGGUCGAAUGAACCACUUCGCCAGCGUAUGCACCAAGAAAAAAUCGUCAGUGACAGUAGACUGCGUUGAAAGCGGAGAGGAAGAGAUUCACCUUGUGUUCGCAGCGGAAUCAGCAAAGAGCGCGCAGUCCUUGGUUCAUGCGGAAUUCCAAAUCGAACAAUCGUCGAAACCAAAGCAAAAGGUGAGAUUCCUCCUCGACUCAGGAGCCUCAUGCAAUAUUGUGCCGAGAGUACAUGUGACGAACGCGAAGAUCAACCGCGAAAGCAAGCCGACACUCCGAACAUACGGGAACCGAGCGCUAGAAACAAUCGGAACAUGCUCGAUCGCAGUCACCAACUUCAAAACAGGAAGCAUCCACAGCAUGACGUGUGUAGUGGCAGAGGAUCUCACGCCGAUCUUAGGACGAACGACAGCGGAAGAAAUCGGCCUCAUCAGGUUCGAUUACGAACGAGUGGCGAAGAUCAACGAAACAAAGACGACGAAGUUGGUGCGCGACGAAGUGACAGAUGUGGAGGAGCGGUUCCGGGCAGUUUUCAACGGCGAGCUCGGGAAAUUCGACGGAAGGGUGAAACUCCACCUCAAAGAAAACUCGAGACCGGUGUCAAAUUCGUCAAAAAUGUGA